AUGACAGUCCAAGUAACUUGCACCAUUAUUUUGGUGCUUAGUGCGGUUCUGCUAAACGAAACAUGUUCACAUCAUGUUCGACGUGACAAACGAAAUCUCAUAAUUAGUGGUGCGGAAAUCGCCAUACAGGAGGCACCCUACCAGGUGAUAAUAUAUUACAACGGAAAUUUUAAUUGCGGUGGAUCAAUCAUUGGUUCCAGAUGGAUAAUGACCGCCGGUCACUGUGCUCAAAAACAACUCGCGCAAGGAAAUUCAAGUGUUCGCGCUGGCUCACCGCUGCUCGAUCAGGAAGGAGUUGUGAGAAGAAUUGCACAGGUCAUUGUACAUCCAAACUUUGCUGUUAUGACAAAAUUGGAAACAUUCAACGAUAUUGCACUGCUUUUGCUAGAUGAGCCACUGCGCUUCGACGGUACCACUGUUGUGUGUGCUUUGCUUCCAAGACAAGGGCAAAAACUACCAGUUGGUAGCUUAGGACGAGUUUCCGGUUGGGGUCUGACCCAAUUAGCUCCUGAAAUGAGGACAACCAGGUUGCGUGCAACUUAUUUGUCAGUUUUAUCGUUUGAUCAAUGCGAGAAAGCCUACACCGGUUACGCUAUGAAUGCAGAUAUACAAUAUUGCAUUGGUAAUAACAAAGACAGCACAGGAUCGUGCAAUGGUGAUUCUGGUGGGCCGUUCAUAGUAGACAAAACUGUCUACGGUAUUGUGUCCUGGGCUAUAUCAUGUGCUGAACUCGGAAUGCCUACCAUCUAUGCGGAUGUUGGCGCUUACGUGCAAUGGAUUCGUGACACUGUAGCGCCAUUUUCAACCGAAGGGCUGUGCAGUUAA